AUGGCCACGCCUUCCCAAAGUCGCUCAUCUGGUAGAGGAGAAGAAGACAAUUCUGAAUGGCGCCAAGCCAUCGAAAGAAGGCAGUUAGCAAGCGAGCGACAACUGCAAACUCUCCUCAAGGAGACGGCAAGGUUAAGAGAGGAAAAUGCAAUAUUGCGGAUCCAGGCAUCAUCGACGGGGCCACCCCGUCGUCAACACUCUAGAGGCCAAGUAGCCAACUCAAGGCCUCAUCUGGAGUCGAUCUACCCCGGAACAGCGGAAACGAUCCCUGAAACACACAACGCUAGGCCGCAGGAGCCACACACACCCAUGCCUCGAGCUCCCCGUGAAGAAAGCUCAGAUUUCACCCAUUUCUCGUCAAAGAGACGGCGUGACAGAAGAUCCCAGUUAUCGGGCGCUAUGCGCGCGAGACUAGGACCCCAGCAGCCUGGCAGGCCCAAGCCACCAGCAAACACCACAAGGGGAGUGCACCAUGACCCUACGGUCACCCCCAUACCACAAAACGUUCUCUCGCACCGUGACCCUUUGGUCACCCCCAUGGUGCAGAACGUUCCACCGCACCAAGCGGUACGAUCCAUUGGGAAAAAUCCCCCGAACGAGCCACCCAUCGGCUCCAUUAGCAAAAGGCUGGAUGACAUGCUCUCCACGCCUUUCUGCUCUCAUAUCAUUCAUUACGAGCCCCCAAGGGGGUUCCUCGUACCAAAGUUCUCCACGUACGAUGGGUGCAGUGACCCCUUCGACCAUAUCAUGCAUUAUCGGCAGCUCAUGACCCUCGAUAUAGGCAACGACCCGCUGCUGUGCAAGGUAUUCCCCGCCAGUCUACAAGGACAGGCCCUCUCAUGGUUUCAUCGCCUACCUCCUAACUCGGUGGACAACUUCAGAGACCUUUCAGAAGCUUUCGUAGGACAAUACCUAUGCUCCGCUCGGCAUAAACAGAACAUCAACACCUUGCAAAAUAUAAAAAUGAAGGAUAAUGAAUCCUUGAGGGAAUUCGUGAAACGAUUUGGCCAAGCCGUCCUACAAGUGGAAGCUUGCAGCAUGGACGCUGUCCUGCAAAUCUUCAAGCGAAGCAUCUGUCCAGGCACUCCAUUUUUUGAAUCACUAGCUAAGAAACCUCCCGUGACGAUGGACGAUUUGUUUCGACGUGCGAACAAAUAUUCCAUGCUUGAGGAUGACGUACGGGCAGCCACCCAGCAAGUAUUGGUUGCCGCGCAGCCGUCCAAAGGGAAUAUAGAAGGAAGCGUUAAACUUCCGGACAGGCCAAGGCCAUCCGAUCAGAGGUGGCCCAGACCCCUCGGAUCGGACCCAUCCAGGAGAGAUCACAGCAAAAAAUGCGCUUACCACAAGAAGCAUGGCCAUACUACGGAGACGUGCAGAAGCCUCCAGUAUUUGGUGGAAAGGCUUAUAAAGGCGGGACAUUUAAGGCAAUACCUUCGCUCAGAUGCCAGAGAUAGAGACGCCUCCCGGAACCGCGACUCUGGAGCCCCCACGGUUCCAGCCACCCCCAAAGCCGUUAUAAACUACAUCAAUGGAGGUCCGUCGGAUGAAGAGAUGAAUUCCAAACGAAAGAGGCAAAAAUUAUUACGAGAGGCAAUGGUGCGUGAGAGCGUCAACUCCAUCCGACUUGGGAUAACCGGAGGAAGCCCUCACCCCAUAGACGGAACAAUCACUUUUCCACCAGUAGACCCCACACGGAUAUUACGUCCGUACCACGACGCCCUCAUUCUAUCCUUAGGGAUAGACAAAUUCGAUGUAAGAUGCAUCUUAGUUGACCCAGGCAGUUCAGCUGACCUGAUACAAGCAUCAGUCGUAAGCCACAUGGGACAUAAUUUAGUCGGUCUCGAAAACCCUGGGAGAAUCCUGUCCGGAUUCAACGGGGCAUCAACUAUUUCCUUAGGAGAUAUUGUACUACCAGUUCAAGCUGGCCCAGUCACUCUCAACGUCCUAUUUUCGGUGGUACAAGAUUUGUCACCCUUCAAUAUUAUCUUGGGGCGCACAUGGCUGCAUUGCAUGAAAGCCAUCCCCUCCACGUAUCAUCAGAUGGUAAGCUUUCUUACUGAGGAUGGGCAAAUCAACCUAUACGGCAGUCAGCUAGCUGCUCGCCAAUGCUACCAGAUAGCAAGAGAAUCAAAGACCAGUCAAGAGAAUGAACCUCUCCCUGAGUCCACACACGCACUCGACCAAUAG